ACACACACACACGCACUCUCAUCGGAAAAAAAAAACGCAAAUUACACCAAAAACAUGUCGUCUUCGUCGGCGCCGCCGCCAUCCCACAACCACGAACCCACUGCCGAAACCCAGACCCGACCCGAACCCCCUCAAAAACCCGCAUCGGAUAUCAAGAAGCCAACUUUCCUGACCCCCCACCAGAAGCCUACGUGGGUCCUCCCCUACCGGACCCCACUCCUCAAGAGCCUCUACUCAAUCGGCCGGAAGCUCGGCCAGGGCCAGUUCGGGAUCACCUUCCUCUGCACCGAGAAAUCCACCGGCACGCCCUACGCCUGCAAAUCCAUCCCCAAGAGGAAGCUGAUCUGCCGGGAGGACUACGAUGAUGUCUGGAGGGAGAUUCAGAUAAUGCACCACCUGUCGGAGCACCCCAACGUUGUACGGAUAAAGGGCACCUACGAGGACGCCCUGUUCGUGCACAUAGUCAUGGAGCUGUGCGCCGGCGGCGAGCUCUUCGACCGGAUUGUGCAGAAGGGGCAUUACAGUGAGAGGGAGGCCGCGAAACUGAUCAAGACUAUUGUUGGAGUGGUCGAGGGCUGCCACUCGCUGGGGGUCAUGCACAGGGAUUUGAAGCCCGAGAAUUUCUUGUUCCUUAGUGCCGAUGAGGAUGCUGCUUUGAAGGCCACUGAUUUCGGCCUCUCUGUCUUCUACAAACCAGACGAAAGUUUUAGCGACGUUGUGGGAAGUCCUUAUUAUGUUGCACCGGAGGUACUGCAGAAACAUUAUGGAACCGAGGCAGAUGUGUGGAGUGCUGGAGUUAUUUUGUACAUAUUACUUAGUGGUGUUCCACCUUUCUGGGCAGAAACUGAGAUGGGAAUUUUCCGCCAGAUAUUACGAGGAAAAUUGGACUUUGAUUCUGAACCGUGGCCUGUAAUUUCAGACGUUGCCAAGGAUUUAUUAAGAAAGAUGCUGGACAGAAAUCCAAAGACGAGGUUAACAGCACAUGAAGUUUUGUGCCAUCCAUGGAUAAUUGAUGAUACAAUGGCCCCUGAUAAGCCACUUGAUUCUGCGGUUUUAUCACGCCUCAAGCAGUUCUCGGCAAUGAACAAACUUAAGAAAAUGGCUCUACGUGUCAUUGCCGAGAGAUUAUCCGAAGAAGAAAUCGGCGGUCUGAAAGAGCUGUUUAAAAUGAUUGAUACAGACAAUAGUGGAACCAUAACCUUUGACGAACUAAAAGAGGGUUUAAGGCGGGUGGGCUCGGACCUUAUGGAAUCAGAAAUUAAAGAUCUUAUGAAUGCGGCUGACAUCGAUAACAGUGGAACAAUAGAUUACGGGGAGUUUCUUGCGGCCACCGUACACUUGAACAAGUUGGAGAGAGAAGAGAAUUUGGUCUCGGCUUUCUCUUUCUUCGAUAAAGAUGGCAGUGGUUACAUAACCCUUGAUGAGCUUCAACAAGCGUGCAAAGAAUUUGGUCUUAGUGAGCUUGAUCUAGAUGAUAUGAUCAGUGAGAUUGAUCAAGAUAAUGACGGGCAAAUAGAUUAUGGGGAAUUUGCAGCCAUGAUGAGAAAGGGAAAUGGAGGUGGCGUAGGUCGAAGGACCAUGAGAAAAGCUAUCAACUUGGGAGAUGCACUUGGAUUGGGGGUUUCGAACAAUAAUAAUAAUCAAGGAGCCGACUCAUAGGACUAAUCCCGAUCAAGAAAACUCGAAUUUUUCCUUUUCUUGAUAUAGACUUUUGUUUUCCGGUGACAUUGCAUUUGCAGCAAUCUACAUUCUAAUGAAAAAGAGGCUUACGCAACUGUCUCCAUUCGCUUACUUUGGUCCUCCAUUUGAAUAUAGUACAGUGCCCUCUCGUGAAGCCCUUACCUCGUGUAAACCGAACAGGUAUGAGUGUGUCAAACUUGAAGUUGUAUAUUACACUUGCAAAAACUAAAAUACUGCUUACUUACAUCCAACAUGUUAAAGUAUACUUUCCAGAGUCUUAAAUAUCAUAUUUUUGUAUGCAUAAUCGCGUUUAAGGUUAUCGGGACUGGGUUCGACAUUUGUGGCUUGGGCAAGAAUAUAAUCAUAUGGGUUUAUUGGACAGGUUGUUUUUAGGUAUAAGUUUGUUGAACUUGUAAGAUUAGCGGAUCGAUUCACGCUGAUUAUGUUAUGAUCAUAUGUCAACUUUAGUAGUGAAUGUUUUUUUUUUU